CCUGCCCAGGUGCCGCAGCAUGGCCGCCGCCGCCGAGGCCCGGAGGGGAGAGCGCCCGGGCGGAGAGCGCCGGACGAGCUCACUGCGCGGCCGCCGCGGGGGAAGCCGGGCUGCCCGAUCCGCCUCCCCUCCUGAGUGGAGGUUUCCGCCCCGGGAGAGGAGGCGGCGCCCGGGACCCGCCUCCAUGCGCCGGUGGAGUGCGGCGUCCGGACCGUCCAUUGUUGCCUGGAGGGGUGGGAGUGGGUGUGGCGGACUGCCUCCUACGGGAACGUUCUGGGCCCACCUCGCUCGCUCGCUCGUCCUGCAGGAGCUGUGACGCCAAGAUGAAUGGCGACGAGAACCCAGCCAGCAACCCCACGCCGGUGCAGGACAUUCAGGGCGAUGGACGCUGGAUGUCCCUGCACCAUAGGUUCGUGGCUGACAGCAAAGAUAAAGAACCCGAAGUCGUCUUCAUCGGGGACUCCUUGGUCCAGCUGAUGCAUCAGUGCGAGAUCUGGCGGGAGCUUUUCUCUCCUCUGCAUGCACUUAACUUUGGCAUUGGCGGUGAUGGCACACAGCAUGUGCUAUGGCGGCUGGAGAAUGGGGAGCUUGAACACAUCCGGCCCAAGAUUGUGGUGGUCUGGGUAGGUACAAACAACCAUGGGCACACAGCAGAGCAGGUGGCUGGCGGCAUCAAGGCCAUCGUACAACUGGUGAAUCAGCGGCAGCCCCAGGCUCGGGUCGUGGUGCUGGGCCUGCUUCCGAGGGGCCAGCACCCUAACCCACUUCGUGAGAAAAACCGGCAGGUGAACGAGUUGGUACGGGCAGCAUUGGCUGGCUGUCCACGGGCCCAUUUCCUGGAUGCUGAUCCUGGUUUCGUGCACUCAGACGGUACCAUCAGCCACCAUGACAUGUAUGAUUACCUGCACCUGAGCCGCCUAGGCUACACACCCGUCUGCCGGGCCCUGCAUUCCUUGCUUCUGCGCCUGCUGGCCCAAGACCAGGGUCAGGGUGUCCCUCUGCCAGAGCCCACACUCUAACAUCUGCUUUCCUGCAAUAUUAAAUUCUUAUUCCUCA